AUGGACAGGUACAAGUUAAUUAAAGAGGUUGGUGAUGGAACUUUUGGUAGUGUUUGGCGAGCUAUCAAUAAGCAGACGGGUGAAGUCGUUGCUAUUAAGAAAAUGAAGAAGAAGUACUACUCGUGGGAUGAAUGUAUUAAUCUGAGGGAAGUGAAGUCGCUCAGGAGAAUGAAUCAUCCAAACAUCGUGAAGUUAAAGGAAGUCAUCCGGGAAAAUGAUAUCCUAUACUUUGUCUUUGAGUACAUGGAGUGCAACCUUUACCAGCUUAUGAAGGACAGACAAAAGCUUUUUGCAGAAGCUGAUAUCAGAAAUUGGUGCUUUCAAGUUUUCCAAGGCCUUUCUUACAUGCAUCAGCGUGGUUACUUCCACCGCGAUCUUAAGCCAGAAAAUCUAUUAGUCUCUAAGGACAUCAUUAAGAUUGCUGAUUUUGGUCUGGCACGGGAGUGUUACCGUACUGAUCGACAAGUCUUUGUUCUAAUAGAUAUGUGGGCAAUGGGAGCUAUUAUGGCCGAGUUGUUGUCUCUUCGCCCUAUAUUUCCUGGGGCUAGGGUGGCAAAAUCAAAUGCUAAUGAACAAGUGAAAAUGUUUCCGUAUCAUCCAUUCAGUGAAGCAGAUGAAAUCUACAAAAUCUGCUCUGUCAUAGGCAGUCCAACUAAGGAGACCUGGUUGGAGGGACUUAAUCUUGCUAACGCCAUAAACUAUCAGUUCCCGGAGGGACUUACGGUCGUCCUCUUGCAGCUUCCUGAUGUACCUCUUGCAAGCUUGAUGCCAUCUGCUAGUGAUGAUGCGAUUAAUCUUAUUGAGCGGCUUUGCUCGUGGGAUCCAUGCAACAGACCAACUGCUGCCGAAGCUCUGCAGCACCCGUUCUUUCAGAGUUGCUUUUAUGUCCCACCAUCUCUCCGCCCCAAGCCAUCUGUUGCAAGAACUCCUCCACCUGUGGGGCCAAGGGGAUCGUUCGAGCACCAAUCAGUCAAACGGCACCCGGUGUCUCUUGCCAAUGCUAAGCCAUUCAAAAGCUAUGUUGCGCCAAAGUCGAAUGCUGCUUUCGGCAGUGGCGUCCAGCGGAAACUCGACAUGGCUAAUCAAGAUGGGACGAGAAACACUAAACCCGUGAGAAGUUCUGUCAAAGACUCCAAAUACAGACCACCCGGAAGAAAGAGUCCUCGUAAACAAAUGUAUUCAAUCGAAGAUAACUCAGCAGGGUCGUCACUGAACAAGAACCGGGUGGCUCGCGGUGUAUCCGAGACUGCUGAUAAACUCGCGAACGUGAGCAUCGGAGGAACCGUGUCUCGAAGACACUCUGUGUCUGUGAUGCAGCAACAGCAGCUGAAGCCACUGCCGAUGAAGGCUGGUUGUGUAGGAGAAACACGUGACAUGUUCCUUAGACCAACACAACCCACCACCAAUGCCUACUCUAGGAAAGUCGCCGGCUGA